AUGAGUAAUAAUAAAAUGGACAUUAAAGAACACAUACUUGUCAGAAAAAGAAUAUUUGAGGAAGAAGUUAGAGUGUAUCAAGGCCCUGAUCCUCUGAAACUUAGAUAUGACUUUUUGCAAGCUCUCGAAAGUUAUGAUAAAGAGCUAAUUAAUGACAUAUAUUCUUCAGUUUUGGAGGAUACUCUCAGAUCAUUUAUGGAGGAAGCCGUUUAUAAGCAAGACUUAAGAUUUAUACAUCUUUGGUUGGCCUAUUCCCAUACUCAACCAAAUCCAGUUGUUAUUUAUGAGAAUAUGUUUAGUCGUGGGCUAGGAACUGAAUGUACUAUUUUGUACGCUUCAUGGGCAGAACAUUUAAUGAAGAAUGGACUGGUUUCUAAUGCAGACAAGAUUUUUAAAAUGGGACUUUCAAAUGAUGUAAAACCUAAAAGUGAUCUUCAGAAAGCAUAUGAUGAAUUUCUAAAGGAAAUUGGUAAAAGAUACCUAUUGGGAGAGCUGACAAAUUGCCCUUCUUGUGGUCAGCCUGGGGUGACAACAGGGAAUUCCAUCAACACAGCUAAGGUGGAGUCUUCAGCUGAUGUUGAAGUUUGGGAAUGGAAUCCUUUAAAAGUUGGAGAAAAAGAUGACUUCACUUGCCCUAUUGCCUAUUUUGAAGAUCCUGAUCCAACAAAAAUAAGAAUGUACCCUAAAGAUAAAGUUUAUCCGGGACCUGGUCAAGAGUUCAGUUUAGAAGAAAUAAGGGCAGAAAUAUAUAAAUUAAAAUAUGAAGUAGAAGAAAAACAAAAAAAAUUGGCAGAAAUGAAAAGUAAAGAAGAUGAAGCAAGGAGAGCAAGAGAUGAACAAAGGAGAAUUGAAGCAGAGAAAAUGAAAUUUGAUACAAUGACAGAAUUGAACCCUCCAGUUCAAGCAUCCAUUCCGAUAUUAACUCCAAGCAUGUUUAAUGUACCUAAGGACAGUGAUGUCUCAUUGGCUAAUGGUUCUACAUUCACUGUUCAUACGAAAGAAGCAAUGAAUGUUGUACAAGAUAUGUGGAGUAGCCCAGCGCCUAGUGAAGUACCACCUAGGCUUAUUUAUCAAACUAAUAUUCCUGAAGAAAUGGCUGAUGUUGCUUCUAAACCGCAGCCUCAGUUUCAAAUAUUUUCUGAUGCUGAUGCACAACAGCAACCUGCUCCAAAACAACUUUUUCAAAUCUACGAUGAAAAUGCCGAGAAUCCUGUACCAGCAAGCAAUCAGCCUCUUAAACCGAAAGUUCCGUUUGAUAUUUAUGACGAAAAUGAACCACCUACAAAACUAGCUGCUGCACAGUCUGCAAAACAAUCUUCUGCUCUCAAGCCUAAAGUGCCUUUUGAAAUAUAUGAUGAAAAUAAUACUCAAUCUCACAAAACACCUCUUAAUCAUAAUAGAAUUAGUAAACCUGAUGCCAACAAUGUAGGGAAAAAUGAAAACCCACAUGACGAGAGGAACGGUCGUUUGAGAUACAAAUUAUUUAAUGAUACAAAUGAUGAUCUGGCCGAGAAAAUGGAAACGCAGGCCAAACUACAGCCUAUGUUUCCUGUUCAGGUUAAGCAUGAUGAUUUUGAGGAUGUUACAUGUAAUACAAAAGCAUUUGAAUUUGUUCUGCCAUCUUCUACUCCUUUUUCAAAUCAUAAAAAACCUAUUAUUAGUACUCAGAAGACAAACAGUGAUGACACUUUGUUAAAGAAAACACCUCAAGGGAAUGCAAAUUUGAGUAUGAUAUUGGAACAGAGUAAGGAAAGGUAUAGCUGUUCUUCGACAGACAGUAGUUCUUCACAAGCUUUAAAAACUCCCAAAUCUGGUCCUGUUAUUUCAACUGUUCCAGAAGAUUUUGAUCCGUUCCAUGCUGAGGUUUUAGAAAAUCUUCUAAAUAAGGUUGGAUUUCCUAAGCAGCAGUAUGCACAUAAUUUAUUCUUCAAAACUUCGAAUGUUCCAAAUUUUUCAAAAAGUAUCAAACUAGGCGAUGACUCGUACUCAAUACAGGGUGAGAUUGGUAAAGGGGCUUAUGCUAGAGUCAUGAAGGCUACUAAAGGAAACAAUACUGUAGCCUUAAAAGUUGAGAAGCCUGCAUGUAGAUGGGAAUUUUAUAUUGCAAAGGAGAUUCAAACCAGAGUUCCACCAAAAUUGGCCAUAUUAUUUAUGGAUAUUCCUGAAGCUCAUAUUUACAACAAUGGAAGUAUACUUGUCACCCAGUGGGCAAAACAUGGCAAUUUGUUGCAUAUAAUAAAUGCCUUUAAGGAAAAGACAGGAAGAUCAUUAGAGCGAGGUGUUGUUUUUCACUUUGGUGUCGAACUCAUCGAUAUCGUAGAAUAUCUUCAUAGAGCUAAGAUAAUUCACGCUGACCUAAAACCAGACAAUAUUGUUAUACGGGAGCUCCCUGACCACAAUGAAACUGAGCCAUGUUUACAGCUGAUAGACUUUGGUCGUUGUAUAGAUAUGAGCCUUUUGCCUCCAGAAACAAAGUUCAAUUCCGUUUUCAAAACUGAAGAUAAUCAGUGCAAUGAAAUGAAAGAAAAUAAACCUUGGACCUAUCAGAUUGAUUUGUAUGGUCUUGCGAACAUAUUUCAUUGUCUAUUAUUAUCAGAAUACAUGCAAGUUGUAAAAAAGAACGAUAAGUGGACAUUGCAAAAACAGAUCCCCAGAAAUAUGAGGAGAGAAGUUUGGAAUCCAAUUUUUGAAACAUUACUCAAUGUGAAUCCUGCUACAGAUUUGCCGAUGAACUUCAGUUCAAUGAGAACGUUGUUAAUAGAAGCCUUUGAUUCUACAUUACAUCCAUCAAUACAGAGCCUUAUAACAUUCAAAAAUUAUAUCACAAACAAAUAA